AUCCUCUGUUAAGCAAGUAGGGAAAGCAAUGAACCAGAGCUACAAAAAGCACUGUCUGGGUCUCUUGAUAUCUUCCAUCUAGUGAACCUGCACGCCCGCUUCUCCUACCUUCUGCAACCCUGCAUCCUGAACAACAAAAAGCUCUCUUUUUUUCAAGGGCGCAGUGCAUCCUAGUGCCUUCGGUAAUGGAAUAGGAUAAGGCCGCUGAUCCAAGAUUCGAUUCUAGUGAGGAACACGCAUACUCAAGGAAUUUUCGUGGUAAGCAGCACAAGUGAGGAACACACAUACUUGUGUUGCUGCUUCUCUGGCCUUUGGAAGAGAGAAUUGGCAAGGGAGCCUUUGAAAUAUGACUGGAGUGGAGGCUGCUCUAGCAUCUGGAGUGUUGAGCGUUGCAGGGAAGAAGCUAGUUUCACUGGUAUCCAGUGAGUUUGCUGCCAUAGCGGGCGUGAAAAAAGAUCUCUCGUAUCUUCAGGAUAUACAUACAGAGAUUACGAGCUGGUUAUCUGUGGUUCGUGACAGAGCAAUAGAGAGAGACCCAUCACUUCAAUGGGUGAUGAAGUUGAGAAAUUUUGCAAAUGACAUUUAUGAUUUAGUUGAUGAAGUCUACCUCGAAGAUGAGAAACACAAGAUAUAUAAUGACCGUGACAAGCUUGCUAUUGCUGACUUGUUUGCAAAACCGAAGUUGCUUCUGUUUCGACGCAAGGUGGCCAGUAAGAUCAAAGCAGUCAAGGUGACAUAUGAUGCAAUUGUGAAACAAAGAAGCAACGCCAAUACUAUACUAUACAGUAUUGAUGUGAACCAAACAGUUCAGAGAAGAAAUGACAAGGCAAUUGGGGAACAGACUCUGCUGAGUAAUGCUCAAGAGUCAAAGAUACCAUCAAGAGAUCAUGUGAAGACUAAAAUCAUUUCCAAGCUUCUAGAAUCGAAGUGUGGAGAAGAUGGUCAUAUCGUUUCUAUUGUUGGGCUAGGUGGUUCUGGCAAAACUACUUUGGCCCGGCACAUUUGCCAUGAUGACAAGAUAAAGGGGCACUUCAAUGGAUCAGUAUAUUGGGUCCAUGUAUCUGAAGAGUUUUGUGGGGAAAAACUUAUUGGCAAGCUGUUUGAAGCCAUUAUCGAGGAAAAGUCAGAUCUACAUGCCCAACAACACAUGCUCCGUGCAAUUUCAAACAAAUUAAGUGGUAAGAAGUUUCUACUAGUCUUGGAUGAUGCUUGGCAUGAGGAUAGGCAUGAUUGGGAAAAUUUCACAGUGCACAUAAACAAUGGUGCAUCAGGAAGCAAGAUUCUUUUAACUACACGUAAUCAAAAUGUUGCAAAAGCAGUGGAAUCGAAGCUUCUAUUCAACUUGCAACUCUUAUCAGAGGAUGAGAGCUGGAGCUUCUUUCUAAGGAGUUCUGGCUGGACAGAGGAGGAUUUAGAGAACGACUUUAUUACAGUUGGAAAAGAUAUCGUCAAUAAAUGUGGUGGGGUGCCGCUAGCAAUAAAAACUCUUGGAUCUGUUCUCCAAGAAAAGAGAAGAAUAAAUACUUGGAGAGCCAUUAAAGAGAGUAAUUUAUGGAAUGAAGAGAAUAUAGAAGAUCGUGUAUUUGCAUCUUUGAAACUGAGCUUUAUUCACUUGAAAGAUCAUCUGAAGCAGUGUUUAACAUAUUGCUCUAUAUUCCCAAAAGGCUAUGCAAUUAACAAAGACUACUUGAUUGAACAAUGGAUAGCCCAUGGAUUCAUCAAGUGGAUGAAGGAGGAGCAGCCAGAGGAUAUUGGAAGUGACUACUUUGAUUCUCUUGUGAAAGGAGGCUUUCUUCAGGAGCCACCUCAAAUAGAAGAUAAUGAAAUAAGAAGAGUAUGCUGGAUGCAUGAUCUGAUUAAUGAUCUUGCUCAAUAUAUUUUACGGAAUGACGUGCUGACAUCUCUACAAAAGAACAUAACCAUGGAUGGUGCAAGCCAAUGCAGAUAUUUAUCUUUGAGAUCAUUGAAUGAGGAUGUUGAAAGGGGGUUUGAGAAGCUACGUGCUCUAUAUGUGGCUGAAGGUAACCGAUCAUUUCCCGACCUUGUUAAGAAGAGUGGGCAUAUCCGCAGUGUUGUCCUAGAUUAUAAAUUUGAGACUCCGUUUCCAUCAUUCAUAUUAAGGCUUCAAUAUCUUGGAUAUCUUGAAAUCCACAAUGCUAGUUUCACCAAAUUUCCAGAGGCUAUCUCAGAUUGUUGGAAUUUGCAGUCACUUCAUUUUAUUCACUGUAAUGGCUUUGUGACAUUGCCCGAGUCUGUUGGGAAGCUUCGGAAGCUAAGAACUCUGGAACUGAAACACAUUGCUGAUCUAGAGAGUUUGCCUCAGUCCAUUGACCAUUGUGGAGAUCUUCAAUCCUUGAAACUAUUUUGGUGUGGAAAGCUCAGUGAGAUACCACUGUCUAUAAGUAAAAUUGAAAACAUAAGGGCCCUUCAUAUAGUUGGAUGUAGAUCUCUUGAGCAACAUAAGUUGAAAUUCAUUGGGGAAUUCAGCAACCUAGAGACUAUCAACUUAUCCUGGUGUAGCAAGUUCCAGGACUUGCCAAGCAAAUCUUUCUGUCCUGUGUUGUGUACUCUAGAUCUUUCCUACACCUACAUUGCCAUGCUACCUCAAUGGGUUACUACAAUUAGCACUCUUGAAUGUAUAGACCUUGAAAGCUGCAUGGAGCUACUAGAGUUGCCAAAAGGUAUAGGCAACUUAAAAAGACUCAGAGUUUUGAAUAUAAAGGGCUGUAGAAAACUUCGCUCCCUGCCAUCAGGGUUGGGACAACUGACUUGUUUAAGAAAGCUGGGAUUGUUUGUUGUUGGGUGCGGUGGAGAUGAUGCAAAUAUCUCCGAGCUUGAAAAUCUUGAUAAGCUAUGUGGCCACCUAAUAAUUAGGAACCUUAUGUAUUUGAAGGAUAUAGAAGAUAAAGGGAAAUCUUAUUUGAAACAUAUGAGGAACAUACAGAGUCUUGUGUUGGACUGGUCUUUGAGUGAAACUGGAGAAGAGUUAUUAUGUGAUAUGGAACAAGUCCAGGGUAUGCUGAGUACUCUUGAACCACCAUCACAAAUUACGAACAUGGAAAUCAAUGGUUACCAAGGUUCCUGUUUGCCACGAUGGAUGAUGGCACAAAAUGAUUCCUCUUUUUGCGAAGCUGUAGUGUUGAAGCAAACAGGACCAUGUCAGUUCCUUUCUCUCACUGCACUUACACUAAGUAACUGUGCAAACAUGAAGCAGAUGCGAGGACUUUGUGUGUUGCCUUCACUGAAGUCCCUCUUCCUACUCGAAAUGGCUAAUUUAGAAGAGCUGUGGACCGUAACAAGUGAAGAAAUGGCUAAUUCUGAUGAAGAAAUAUGUGGGCAAUGCUGCUUCCCAGCCCUGUCCGAUAUAUCCAUAUUAGGCUGCCCGAGACUCAAUGUGAAACCACACUUCCCACCGUCACUGGAGAAGCUACGUUUAAGCAAGAGCAACAUGCAGCUGCUAUCAGCGGGUAGUUUCUCCCAAAUGCUUCCUCCAUCAGCAGAUACAUCCUGGUCGUCCUACAGCAUGAACUCAGCAGUCCCUCACCUCAGGGAACUGAGACUAACAACAAUAAAGGGAUCAUCGUCUGGCUUGGAAUUCCUGCAGAACCACACUAAACUAGAGAUCUUGAGUAUUGAAUAUUGCAAAGAAAUGACAGAGUUACCUGAGAGCAUCCGGAGUCUCACCUUGCUGCAGGACUUGAGUAUCCAAGGAUGCUCUACCCUUGGCCUGCUGCCCGAUUGGCUUGGUGAACUGCGCUCAUUACGAUCACUUUCUGUCAUGUGGACCCCAAUGAUGCAGAGCCUCCCUCGAUCCACAAAGCACCUUAGGUCCCUCGUCACACUAAAUAUCUGGAAUUGGGACAAUAAUCUGAAGCAGCUACCUGACGUCAUUCAGCACCUCACAUCACUUGAAGUUCUCGACUUGAUGGGAUUCCCCGCGCUGACAGAGCUGCCAGAGUGGAUUGGACAACUCACUGCACUUCGUGGCCUAUUUAUCCAGAGUUGUCCUACCCUUGAAUGCCUGCCCCAAUCCAUACAACGCCUUACUGCCCUCCAGAGUUUGUAUAUUGAUAGCUGCCCUGGAUUGAAAACUCGUUAUAAGCGAGGAAUGGGAUCUGACUGGCACCUUGUCUCUCACAUUCCUCGUGUGUUUGGAGACGGAGUAUCAAAUGGACCUUGGUUUCAAGUUGGAGAAUGAAGAUGGAUUGGUCUGUCAGUUGAUGACCGAAUUUUCUGUGUUAUACUUUGCUUUGCAUUGCUUUACAAGGGUGUGAUUAUCUUGUAUCAUAUAUAUAUAUAUAUAUAUAUAUAUAUAUAUAUAUAUAUAUAUACACUGCUGAUUUUUAGUUGGAUAAGAGCACAUACCUAAAGGUACGUGCACCCCUCGGAUCAGCUUAUUAUUUCUUCUACUGCACCCCAAAUGAUAGCCAGUGGAAAACGGAUAUGAUACGGGACAGGACACGGUUCAGAAUGAAUGUGCUGCAUAUUAGCAUAUAUACUGUUGGUGAAAGGUUUCAUUUACAACACAUUGCAUGCACACGCCCGGAUUAAUCCUCCAGAAUACAUGCAAACAGAGAGGGAGUAUAUUCACUCGUAAUCUGACUUAUCUUUUGGCCCA